AUGACAACGAUUCCUAAUUUAAUACCUAUACUACUCAAAAUGACCGAUAUUCAACAGGAUGAAACACAGUUGAAUAUUUAUCGUUGUUUAGGAAAAAUUAUGGUGGAAGAAGAUAUCAAAACUAUGGCUCAUCCAGAUAAAAUUGCGAUAAUCUAUAUUAAAUUUCUUUCCAAUAGUAUCGAUGAUGUGAAGAAAAAAGGCCGAUUUUACAGUCUGUUAGAAAGUUUAACUAAUUGGGUUCAACACGAUCAAUUGAAAGUUUAUCUGCUCGAUCAGAACAUCCUUCCUCUACUGAUUCGAUGCAUCAUGGAAACGAAAUUUGAUCCUAUUAAAGCACAAAAACCUGCUCUCGAGAUUCUUCUCGCUCUUUCCUUUAAAAAUGAUGCUUCAUCUUCUCUAAAACAGAAUCAACAGUUUAUGAAUUAUGUCCGCAAUCUAUCCAAGAAUACUAUUUCGACUGAAGCUAGUUUAAAGCGUGCAGCUGAAGGUCUUCUUUGGAAAUUAGAAAAAGAGACAGAAGCAGUUGCUAAACCAACUUCGACCAAUACACAUCAAUUCGACAUCAUGAUUAGCUAUUCACACAGUGAUAAACAAAUAUGUCACCGGAUUCAUGAACAACUAGUUAAAGAUGAAUUUCGUGUAUGGAUCGAUCGAGAACAAAUGCAUGGUGCUACCAUGAUAGCCAUGGCUGAAGCAAUUGAAAACUCGAAUAUUAUUCUCAUUUGUAUGUCUGAUGCAUACAAACAAAGUGUCUAUUGUCAAUCAGAAGCCCAUUAUGCUUUCGAACGUCGUCGUCAACUCAUUCCUUUGAUCAUGAAAUCUCACUAUAAACCUGAUGGAUGGCUCGGAAUUAUUGCCAGUGGUAAACUGUAUGUCGAUUUUGUAAAACUGGAAUUUGAAUCCGCCUAUGAUCGAUUGAAAGUUGAAAUUAAUCAAUGUCAUCAAAAGAAGACAAGUCUAUCAACAAUUAUUCCCAAAGAAAAAGAUCCACAGAAAAGUUCGGCAACAAUUGCUCCAUCAGUUGAACAAUAUUCGACCGUUAAACUACCACAUUGUAUCAAUCAAUGGACUAAUGAUCAUGUUAAAUCAUUUCUUGUUUCUAUUGGUCUCAAAGAUACGUUACUUAUGUUAUGUAUUCGAAUGGAUGGACAUCGUCUUAUUCAUCUGUACGAAAUGUGUAUGAUGAAUCGUGAAUCAAUGUU